AUUAAAAAACGUAGACUAACAAAUGCAAAGCAACAACACAAACACGAUUGUAAAGCGACCGUAAUUUAAGGCAUAUGGAAAAAACUGUAGUAACGUCGUUGUAAAUAAAUCAACUGCUACUAAAUUCACGGAUAAGGGAGAUGGCAUCAGCCUCGGCAUCGGUCAUUUAUGUUGAUUUAAGCUCGGACUCGGAGGAUGAGCAAUCACCUCCUGGGCCUAAGCGAAGGCGAUUAGAGCAACCGCAACACAAAAGUGCAGGCACAGGAUUGGCGCAGGCAUUUAGAAAAGCUUUGCCCAACAAAUUGGUCAACAUACAGAAGGCCUCUUUACCUGGUGGUGGCGGUACUUUGCCAAGUGGAUUAACAGUUACGAAACAUACGAAUAACAACAACAACAACAAUAACAGCAUCAACAAAAUCCCAUGCAAUGGCAGUUCCGUUAGCAUGAUUCUACCAGGAGGCGGAUCACUUCAAACAUCCGCAUCAAGCAACAUCAAAAAGAUUACAAACAACAACGCCACUAUGCAAGUAAAGCCUGUUCCCUCUCAGAAAAUUGCCUGGUCCAUGGCACAUAAGGCUCCUAGUCCUAAUGUCAUGCUGCCGUCGAUACCCCGCCACCAGGUGAAAGUGACACCAGUACUGAAGAGCGUUGGAAAACCCAAUCUGCCUGCUAAAACUAUUCCGUCUCCCGUACAGUUGACAUCACUUCCCGCAGUAAAAUUACAAAAAACGUUGGUGGUUAACAAGUUGCCCACAUUACAGAAUUCUCAUUUGGCCCCACUGCAGAGAAAUCCGCAGACACCGCAACAGCAUCCAUCACAACCAGCGCCAUCCCAACAUAUUCAGAAACAACAAAAGUCGCCGGCGCCUAUCUUGAGUAAAUCUCAGCCAGCAACUUCAAUCCGCAACCUGAAACAGGGACCGAAGUUGUCUUUAUCUAAGACUGCCACACUGAGUCGCGUAGGAACUGGACUAGUGCACGCGGGAAAUUUUACAACUAAGCCGUUGGCCAGCUUAACGACAGUCCCGCCUAUCAACACCACUAAUGUCAUGUCCACUGCAGCCCGUACGUUGCCAUUUCGCUCCACUAGCUUAGUUCAACAAGCUGCGCCUUCUCUAGCUACUUCUAUGGCCGCCAGUGCAGCGCCGCCACUGCGUCUUUUGGCCACGCCGCCUCAUUCAGCUGCUGCUCUAAAUGAGCCACUCCUUCUAAAUCUGCCGCCAACUACCAGCAUUACACCCCAACUAACACCAACAACGACUCCUCCGCCGACGCAUGGCUUGCCGGUUCAUGCAAUGAACCAACAACAACAGCUGUCCAAGGGCUCAACGUUUAAGUUAUCUGCCCUGCCCGGCGCCAGCCUCUCACCUGUCAGCGUGACGGUUUCAAAGGCAAAACGUAUUCAACCUAUCACAGUACUUAAAAAAUCUGAUGAGGAAUGGCGAAAUCACGUGAUCGGACAGCAACAGAAGCUAUCUAAGGAUCAGCCACUGUCGACGCCUCCUACUAUUGUUUUAGUGGAGUCACCGCCGACAACUCCACCCACAGAGAAACCAGAAAGUGAAAGAGCGAGGGGAAAGGUUACAACUCCAACAGCAGCAACAGCCGGAGCCACAGCAACGCAGAAAUUAGCCAUUAACAAACCAAAAAUAAUUUCAGGUAUUACGUCAAACCCAGUGAAAACUACAUUAAAGAAGGAACAGCCAGCGAAUCUUGAGAGAAAAAAUAGAGUAAACCUUGAGCAAAAGAUCGUUAACCUUGUUGAUCCCAUUGAGAAAGAGCAAGUAAAACCUGAGUUAAGAAAAGAGCAACAACCGCAGAAUGAUCCUCAAUCUAGUGCGAACAUAAAGCCUCCGACACAACCGCCACCUUUGAUACCAGAAUAUGCUGAACUUCUUCAGUUAAGCAGGGAAACGGAUAAGUCUUCGGACAUGGAACGUCUCAUCGAUAUUAAAUUAAUGAAAUACUAUAACAAUGUUCACGAAAAAUUUGUCAAAUCUCGAGGAUUUCGUAAAAUGGUUCAAUCAACCAUAGAAAAAAUUAAAUACGAUCCGGAAAUGAUCUACCUACACCUGAAGGGUGUAGUCGAUGAAUUAAGAGUGCGACGCAAAGGAAGAACUAUAACGGCCAUAGAGGAAAAAAAGGAAGAGAAUACUACAACUGAAAAACAAUCCAAUCAGCCUUUAGCUUCAACCAGCACCGAAACGUCCCUAGGCGAUAAGCGUUUAGAUGAACGUGUCCGAAAAUUGAAUCGUACUUUGUACACGAUAACCAAGCGGAUUACCGCUUUAGAAGAGGCGGAUGUCGAUUGGAACGAUGACGACGACUCCAGCUAUCUUCAGGUGGAGCGAUUUAAGAAACGUGCCUGCCAAAUAUAUGAAAAAAUCUGUGAUCUAACUGGGGAGAAUAAGAGCGCGCACAGCCAACUGAAGCAACCCUUUGUCUUUAAAGACACUCCCUAUCCCCAAUUUAAUCGGACUCUGUCGUCGUUUGUAAAUCGCAUGCAGGAAUUUCCAGAUUAUCACGAUGUGCUGCGCUUGUUGGAGCACUGCAACAAGGAAAAGGACCUGGGAUUGGCCAACUUCGAAAUGAAACGAAUAGCUCAUGAUGCCUUCGUUAAGGUUGGCCGUUUGCUGCAGGAAAGACGCAAAACUGACCUUUAUGAAACUGUUACUCACUUUACGGCAAAUGCUAAAGAUCCCGCAGCCGCUGAUCCGGAGCUUCUGGCCAAGCUGAAAGAUAAUCAAAAGAAGCAGACUAAAAUCAGUGAUGUUUUGGCCAAAUAUGCGCGAGAGCAGGAACUCACCGCGGAAGAACAUCGAGAAGCGCGCCUUAAAGAGAAGCUGGCGAAAGCAGCCCAGAAAUCGGCAUUGGAAGAGUCCACCACCACAACACACCCCAUUCAGGAUGACGAUGAUGAUGAUGACAAGCCCUGCACCAGUGCUCAGGCUAGAGCAAAGGCCAUGAAUGGUUUGUUGAAGAAAAUGCAGAUAGACAUAGAGAAAGAUCAAAUUGGCGAACUUGAGGAGGAGGAGGAUGGGGAUACCACUUCAGAUGAUUCCGAAGAUGAAGAAGAUGUAGAUGCUUUUGUGGAUAAUUUUAAAGAAAACGGUGAAGUGAGUGAUGCUGAAUCUGAAGCGGAAGAGGAUCGGCCCGGAUUAAGUGAACCAAAGACAACUGCGGAUGUGAUAGAUGAUAGAACGACGAGAGUCAAGACUGAUGCUGCUGCUGUUCCUACAAAUGAAACGUACGAGUCCAUGUCCAAUGGCAAAUUGAAAAUUAUGUCUGUAUCCAGUUUAAACGCGAGCCUCCAUCAGACGAAGACAAAAGGGCCAGAGAAAAAGCCGCUGGAGACAAUUUCUGCUGAGAUUAUCAUUUCCGAUGAAGAGUCAUAGUCGCACACAUUAUUGACACCUUUUGCCUCUAUUUUGUUAUAAUUUAUAUUAUUUUCAUUAUGUUUACAGACUAUUAUAUGUACAUUGGCCAUAGAAUUUGCUUUCAGAGUUGUCCCCAACGGAUUGACAGAUAUUUAAAUCACAGAAAAUUUCCAGCUUUUAAAUUUCAUAUAUAUUAUAUAUUUUAAAAAAAGUCUUGAGUCCGAAGUAAGGACAACUCAGAGUUUCCUUCGGAUCUGUUUUGAUUGUGUACAUAGAAAUACUUAAGUUAAGUAUGAUGGUAAAUGUUUUUCAAAAACAGCUGAAGCAUUAUUAUUAAAUCGUACUGUGAAACAAAA